AAUAUUAAUCUUUCGAGUAGUGUUAUUAUAGAUCGACCGGGAUCACAACCUCCACUUAAAUGGGCAGUAAGAAAACGUAUAGCAAUGGGGGCUGCUAGGGGUCUGGCCUAUUUGCACGAUGAAUGUGAGAGGAAAAUCAUUCAUCGUGAUGUCAAAGCUGCAAAUAUAUAUCUGAAUAAGGGCUUCGAUGCAAUUAUUUGUAACUUUGCGUUUGCGAUACACAUGGACCACAUUGUACGAGGAACAAUUGGUAAUAUAGCCCCCGAGUAUCUCUCCAAGGGUACUCUUCCGGAGAAAACUGAUGUUUAUGGUUAUGGUAUGUUUCUUCUUGAGCUCAUCACAGGCCAAAGAGUUUUUGAUCUUGCUAGGCUUGCUAAUGAUAAAGAUCUAAUGCUACUUGAUUGGGUAAAGACAAACUUAAAGGAGAAGAAAUGGGAGAGAAUUGUUGAUUCUGAUAUUAAAGGUUACUAUUACAUUGAAGAAGAGGUGAAGCACUUGAUUCAAAUAGCUCUACUCUGCACACAAGACAACCCGGAGAAACGACCCAAUAUGUCGGAAAUUGUGAGGAUAAUGCUACCGCUUGGAGAUGGCUUAUUAGCAACGCAAAGGUGGGACGAGUUAUGUAAUGAUGAAAUAACCAACAGAUCCGAUGAACAAUGGGAUAGCCCAAGGCAAUUUGAACAACUAUCCAGCCCAAGAUGA